AUGGCUUCAGGUCCGCGACAGUCAAAGAUAUUAGUAUGUCUCUUCGUCACUACUAUUGUGCUCAGUUGGUAUACACCCGCUAUUCUAAACUUUUACGAAGCCAUGAAGCUCUCGUUACUUAGCUCCGUGUCUACCGUGGCGUUUGCCUUGCUGGUCUCAGCCCAGUCAUCGUGUAACUCGAGCAUCAAUGGCACACCUUUUCCAUCAUUGCUCGAUGUCACUCUCGAAGAACUGGCCACUGGCCUGGAAUCUGGCCUUUUCACCAGCGUUGACUUAGUAAAUGCAUACAUUGCUCGCAUUCAUGAGGUCAACAAUACUCUACAUGCAGUCACACAGCUGAAUCCUGAUGCUAUUACCAUUGCACAUCAGCUUGACGCUGAGCGCGCUAACGGGAUCGUUCGAGGAGCACUCCAUGGCGUCCCAGUUCUCGUAAAGGACAACAUAGCCACAGCAGAUGCCAUGAACAACACAGCUGGUUCGUAUGCUCUGGCGGGUGCUCGAGUGUCACGAGACAGUACAAUCGCAGCCAAGCUUCGCAAAGCUGGUGCGGUAAUACUCGGCAAAACAAAUUUGUCUCAGUGGGCCAAUUUUCGUUCAGAUAAUAGCUCUAAUGGUUGGUCAGCAAUUGCAGGGCAAGUCUACGCUGCAUACUUCCCAGAUCAAGAUCCGUCUGGCAGCAGUUCAGGCUCCGGUGUGGCCAGCUCUGUCGGGCUUGCCUGGGCGGCUCUUGGGACAGAGACCGAUGGCAGUAUCAUCAGUCCUUGUGAUGCCAACAAUCUGGUCGGGAUAAAACCAACUGUGGGCCUCACAUCCCGAGAUCUUGUGAUUCCAAUCUCGGAGCACCAAGACACGAUCGGACCUAUGACUCACACGGUUAAGGACGCUGCGUAUCUGUUGAAUGCGAUCGCUGGAUACUCACAGUAUGACAAUUACACUUCUGCUAUUCCAUUUCCUAAUUACACAAUUCCCGAUUAUGUAGCGGCCUGCGACUUUUCUGCUCUUCGUGGCAAGCGCAUCGGAAUCCCACGAAACGUCUUUGACUCGAGUGCAAUUCGAGAGAGCCCGUAUGCUCCUAUUAUUGAAGCAUUCGACAAUGUACUUCCAAUUCUGCGAGCCGCAGGAGCAAUCAUUGUUGAUAACACAAGCUGGCCAGGUUACGAUCUUGAAGGCGGAAAUCGCACAUCAGUCGUUCUAGAGGGAGAUUUUGUGACAAACUUGGCAUCAUAUCUUGCACAACUGUCAUACAAUCCCGAGAACAUCACUAAUUUAGCCGAAGUCAGGGCUUUCACGCAAUCAUUCCCACUUGAAGAUUACCCCGAUCGAGAUACUGCUGUAUGGGAUCAGGCGCUGGAUUAUUUUGGUGGCCAAGGCAAUACGUCUCCCAAUUUUUGGUCAAAUUACACUCUUGGUCUAGAGCUCGCUGGCCCUCUUGGUCUUACUGGCUCAAUGACAAAUUAUUCACUUGACGCUCUUAUCGCGCCCACAAUAUUCGCUUCUCACUUUCCUGCUGUUCUAGGGACACCUGUUGUGACAGUCCCUAUGGGCGCAUAUCCUACCGACGCAAACGUGACGCAAAACAGACGGGGAGACCUCAAUGCUACUGGACCUGGCAUCCCAUUUUCGAUCAGCUUCAUGGCGGAAAAGUGGAGUGAAGAGAAGCUGAUUGGCAUGGCUUACGCGUUUGAGCAAAGAACGAAGGUCAGGCAAAAGGUGCUACCGCUACAGAUCAAUACUCCAACCACAGAAAUUGCAAACAUUGUCGCGAAAAGGAGGGCCAAGCUAUAG